AUGCUUGGAUCCCGAAUUGCGAUUGUCGGAGUCGGCCAAGUUGGCGCCGCUGCCGCUUAUGCAAUUAUUCUAGGCUCAAUCGCCACUGAGCUGCUCUUGGUUGACGAUAAUGUGAGUCUGAGAGACGGCCAGGUUUGCGAUCUCUCGGAUGUAGCGUAUAGCUGCAACAGCCGGACAAGGGUACGAGCGGCGAGCCAUCACGAGGCCGGCCAAUGCGACAUCAUAGUAAUUACUGCAGGAUCAAGACACACUAUAGGUCAAACUAAUCUCGAAUAUGCCUAUCGAAAUAUCUCAAUCGUCAAGACCAUUGUCGACGCAAUGACGCCUUUCAAAUCAGACGCUGUCCUACUUGUCGUGUCAAAUCCUGUCGACUUACUUACAUCCCUUGCCCUACAACUCUCCAAGCUUCCGCCGUCUCAAGUCUUAGGCUCUGGCACGUAUUUGGACUCUAUGCGAAUCCGAGGGAUGUUGGCGGACAAAAUUGGAGUCGCGGCAAAGUCAAUUGACUUGUUCGUAUUGGGGGUGCAAGGAGAAUCGCAGGUGACGGCAUGGUCUGCCGCAACAAUUGGCGGCGUCCCAAUCAACGAAUCUCUCUCGAAAGAGGACGUGAUCAAUCGCUCCGAUCUUUCCAACGAGUGCAAGCACCGAUCACAGAGCAUAGUUAGGGCUAAAGGGGCAACUCCCUUUGGCAUCGGAUCCGUCGUAUCCAGCAUUUGCUGUGCCAUCAUUCAAGACAAGGGCACCGUUCAUCCUAUUAGCCACUUCCAGCCAACUCUGGGUUGUUGCUUCAGCUUGCCUGUGGUUCUCGGCAAAAAGGGAGUCACACGCAAAGUCCAGAUGCCGCUGAGUUUUGAGGAAGACGCUCAGAUAACCGAUUCAGCAACCGCACUCAAGGCGAUGAUUGAUCAAGUGAAUAAUAGCAACUAA